AUGCGAGAGAAAGAAUAUCCUUCUGCUAGAGCUGAUAAAGGUGCUUGCAAAUUUGACAAGGUAAAGAUUGUUGCAUCAGUGUCAAAUUUUAGUGUUGUUUCCCUUAACGAAUACCAGAUUGUUGCCAUUCUUGUAAAAAAUGACUUAUGCAGUUGCUAUAAAUGUUUUCGUUUUCCCUCUCCAUUUCACCGGUGGCUCCUUCCGGCGACUUCCUCCGUCGUUCCAGUUCCUCCGUCUGCUGCACUCUGCCUGGAGAUGGUGAGGCUCACCGCUGACCUGAUCUGGAAAAGCCCUCAUUUCUUCAAUACCAUUAAGGAGCGCGAGUUAGAUCUUCGAGGCAAUAAAAUAUCUGUAAUCGAAAACUUAGGUGCAACAGAGGACCAAUUUGACACCGUAGAUUUGUCUGACAAUGAGAUUGUCAAAUUAGAAAACGUACCAUUUCUUAACCGAUUGGGUACAUUACUUAUCAAUAACAACAGGAUUACUAGAAUUAAUCCUAAUAUUGGAGAGUUCCUACCGAAUUUACACACACUAGUUCUCACAAACAACAGGAUUGUAAACUUAGUAGAAAUUGAUCCUUUGACAUCCCUUCCAAAGCUGCAGUUCCUUAGUCUUCUAGACAACAAUAUUACUAAAAAAGUGAAUUAUAGGCUUUAUGUUAUCCACAAGCUGAAGUCCCUCCGGGUUUUGGACUUCAAGAAAGUUAAAAAUAAGGAACGAUUAGAAGCCAAAAAUUUGUUUGAAUCAAAGGAAGUUAUAGAAGAAGCUCAAAGGACACCAGCGAAACCGGUUUCACCUGUUGAAUCUUCAGAAGUUUCAGAAGCUACGGAGGAACAACAGAUACCCAAAGUGACAGCUCCUACUCCAGAGCAAAUUAUUGCUAUUAAGGCUGCUAUUGUCAACUCACAGACUCUCGAAGAGGUUGCUAGACUUGAAAAGGCACUGAAGUCUGGGCAACUUCCUGCAGAUCUAAAAAGCUUGACUGAUAAUAUGAUGACUGAUAAUGUCAAUGAAAAACAUGAAGAUGCAGUCCUUGCUGAAUCUACUGAUACACAAGAGCAGACAAAUACUGAUAGUACUCAAAUGGAAGAGGAUUAG